AUGUCUUGCUGUGAUAACUACCCGACUACUGCUGUGUUCUGCUGUGAUAACUACACGACUACUGCUGUGUUCUGCUGUGAUAACUACACGACUACUGCUGUGUUCUGCUGUGAUAACUACACGACUACUAUGUCUUGCUGUGAUAACUACCCGACUACUGCUGUGUUCUGCUGUGAUAACUACACGACUACUGCUGUGUUCUGCUGUGAUAACUACACGACUACUGUGUCUUGCUGUGAUAACUACACGACUACUGCUGUGUUCUGCUGUGAUAACUACACGACUACUGUGUCUUGCUGUGAUAACUACACGACUACUGCUGUGUUCUGCUAUGAUAACUACACGACUACUGUGUCUUGCUGUGAUAACUACACGACUACUGCUGUGUUCUGCUGUGAUAACUACACGACUACUGUGUCUUGCUGUGAUAACUACACGACUACUGCUGUGUUCUGCUGUGAUAACUACACGACUACUAUGUCUUGCUGUGAUAACUACCCGACUACUGCUGUGUUCUGCUGUGAUAACUACACGACUACUGCUGUGUUCUGCUGUGAUAACUACACGACUACUGUGUCUUGCUGUGAUAACUACCCGACUACUGCUGUGUUCUGCUGUGAUAACUACACGACUACUGCUGUGUUCUGCUGUGAUAACUACACGACUACUGCUGUGUUCUGCUGUGAUAACUACACGACUACUAUGUCUUGCUGUGAUAACUACCCGACUACUGCUGUGUUCUGCUGUGAUAACUACACGACUACUGCUGUGUUCUGCUGUGAUAACUACACGACUACUGUGUCUUGCUGUGAUAACUACACGACUACUGUGUCUUGCUGUGAUAACUACACGACUACUGUGUCUUGCUGUGAUAACUACACGACUACUGCUGUGUUCUGCUAUGAUAACUACACGACUACUGUGUCUUGCUGUGAUAACUACACGACUACUGCUGUGUUCUGCUGUGAUAACUACACGACUACUGUGUCUUGCUGUGAUAACUACACGACUACUGCUGUGUUCUGCUAUGAUAACUACACGACUACUGUGUCUUGCUGUGAUAACUACACGACUACUGUGUCCUACAGUGAUAACUACACGACUACUGUGUCUUGCUGUGAUAACUACACGACUACUGUGUCUUGCUGUGAUAACUACACGACUACUGUGUCCUACAGUGAUAACUACACGACUACUGUGUUCUGCUGUGAUAACUACACGACUACUGUGUCCUACAGUGAUAACUACACGACUACUGUGUCUUGCUGUGAUAACUACUCGACUACUGUGUCUUGCUGUGAUAACUACACGACUACUGUGUCUUGCUGUGAUAACUACACGACUACUGUGUCUUGCUGUGAUAACUACUCGACUACUGUGUCUUGCUGUGAUAACUACACGACUACUGUGUCUUGCUGUGAUAACUACUCGACUACUGUGUCUUGCUGUGAUAACUACCCGACUACUGUGUCUUGCUGUGAUAACUACACGGCUACUGUGUCCUACAGUGAUAACUACACGACUACUGUGUCUUGCUGUGAUAACUACACGACUACUGUGUCCUACAGUGAUAACUACACGACUACUGUGUCUUGCUGUGAUAACUACACGACUACUGUGUCCUACAGUGAUAACUACACGACUACUGUGUCUUGCUGUGAUAACUACACAACUAGCUGCUUCCCACCCCCAGGAAGCAGCCCGUAG